AGCAGAAAGUUGUUUUUAUGGAAACAGCAAUUAAGGAGUCAUGCACUGGUCUGCACUGGAUUCUAUGGGCAAAGCCCUGACUGUUAAUGAGCUCUGUCUGGCAGCCAGGAAAGCAAUAGGGAAUGGAAAAUACCAGCAUAAAAAGAGAACCAGGAAAAAGGGGGCAGACUGCUUUUUAAAGCUUAACAAAUGGCGGCACAGUGUGUAACAAAGGUGGAGCUGACCAUUGCCUGCACCAAUCUUUUGGAUAAAGAUGUUGGUUCCAAGUCAGACCCACUGUGUGUGCUUCUCCAGAACACGAGUGGUCAUCAGUGGUAUGAGGUUGAUCGCACAGAAAGAGUUAAGAAUUCCUUGAACCCAAAGUUUGCCAAGAAAUUCCUAAUUGAUUACUAUUUUGAGCUUGUUCAGAAACUUAAAUUUGGAAUAUAUGACAUCGAUAACAAAACCUUUGAUCUGAGCGAUGAUGACUUCUUAGGAGAAUUUGAAUGUACGCUGGGACAAGUAGUUUCUAGCAAGACUCUAACAAAACCAUUAGUGCUUAAAAAUGGCAGACCUGCUGGAAGAGGAAGUAUUACGAUUACAGCAGAAGAAGUGAAGGACAACAGGGUGGUUGUAUUGGAAGUAGAAGCAAGGAAACUGGACAAUAAGGAUUUCUUUGGAAAGUCAGAUCCUUAUCUGGAAUUCCACAAGCAGACUGGAGAUGGAAACUGGGUGAUGGUUCACAGAACAGAGGUUAUUAAAAACAACCUGAAUCCUGUUUGGAGGCCCUUUAAAAUCUCUCUGAAUUCUCUGUGUUACAGUGACAUGGAUAAGUCAAUCAAGGUUGAGUGCUAUGACUACGAUAGUGAUGGGUCUCAUGAUCUCAUAGGAAGUUUUCAAACUACAAUGUCAAAACUAAAGGAAGCAUCUCGGUCCUCACCCGUUGAAUUUGAGUGCAUCAAUGAAAAGAAAAGACAGAAGAAAAAAACCUAUAAAAACUCUGGCAUAGUGAGCGUUAAGCACUGUGAGAUCAUAGUAGAAUGCACGUUUCUUGAUUACAUCAUGGGUGGGUGUCAGCUGAAUUUCACAGUGGGGAUAGAUUUUACAGGCUCCAAUGGAGACCCUCGCUCUCCAGACUCUCUGCAUUACCUCAGCCCUAACGGAGUUAAUGAAUACCUAACAGCCAUUUGGUCUGUAGGAAUGGUCGUUCAGGAUUACGAUACAGAUAAGAUGUUUCCAGCCUUUGGAUUUGGUGCACAAAUUCCUCCUUCCUUUCAGGUGUCACAUGAGUUCCCAUUAAAUUUUAACCCAUCAAACCCAUUCUGUAAUGGAAUCCAAGGCAUUGUUGAUGCAUAUCGGGCUUGUCUUCCUCAAGUGAAAUUAUAUGGGCCAACAAAUUUUUCUCCAAUUAUAAAUCAUGUGGCAAGAUUUGCUGCUGCAGCUACACAACAGCAGACGGCAUCUCAAUACUUUAUACUUCUGAUCAUAACGGAUGGUGUGAUAACAGAUCUUGAUCAAACUCGAACUGCCAUAGUUAAUGCUUCAAAAUUGCCCAUGUCCAUUAUCAUUGUUGGCGUUGGAGGAGCAGACUUUGAUGCUAUGGAGUUUCUUGAUGGUGACAAUGGAGUUCUUAGGUCCCCGUCAGGAGAACCAGCUGUCAGAGACAUUGUCCAGUUUGUGCCAUUCAGGAAGUUCCAAAAUUCUCCAAAAGAAGCUCUGGCGCAGUGUGUCCUGGCAGAAGUCCCUCAGCAAGUGGUGAACUACUUCAGCACCUACAAACUGCAGCCUCCUAAGAAUCCUGCUGCAAAGUGAAUGGGCUGAGCAGGGAAGCUGAAACUUUGUGCUUGCUUUACUUGCUGCAUCUACAGACUUUAGUUCUCAAGAUACUUCUGUGUACAGGUAUACACACACCUCCGUAUGGUAACGUCUGUUAGCUUUUGCUUGCAAAUCAAUGCCAAGUGUGCCUUUUAAGGGGCAAAAUUGUAGUUGUGUUAAUAUAUGAUGUUAACUUGAGAGAUAGGGCUUACAUGCGUGCAUUUUAUUUUGAAAAGUAAGAGUGGAAAAAAAAGAGGUUGAAUGUGCAGAGAGAAGGGGGAGAAUGGCUGGAAGUGGAUCGGCUGCCUGUUUGAUAAAUAUGGCCCGUGGGAGUGUUUAGUUACUUUUGUGGGGAUCUACUCUGAGAACUGCAGUUUCUCAGUCAUCACAAAACCAGUCUGAAAUGAAAAAGAGUGUAUGUCACCACCAACAGAUAAAAGUUUGUAUGUGCUUCAACAAACUUGGAAUACCUCAGGCUUCUGUGUUGUAACAAAAUUUUGUCACAGGAGUUUCAUAAUUAGACGAGUGCCAGAACAGGGUGUAAAGGCCCUCGUUGCAUGCCAACUUCACAUUAGCCACUUCAGUGCCUUUGGCCAAUGCCUGGGAUUCAGGGCUGUGUGAACAUGAGCCAAACAAGUCAUUAAAGUAUAUAUUCUUUUAUAGUAUGCAGUCUCUUUAAGGUAGUACAGGAAUAACUAGGGUGAAUCAAGGUAAACCUCUAACAUCUCAGAAGAAUACUAUUGGCCUUUGAGGCUGGUACUGUAAAGGCUGUAAGAUGUGUUUGUGUCAGUGUGUGUUGUGCUAGAAAACGGGAACUCCAGAGAUUGUUUUGCUUGGAGUUUGUUUUGGAUUUGGGUUGGUUGUUCCCCUCCCCCCAUAAAACAAUAAUGACUAUUGAUCUUUAAAGGGCUUUUUCUGAAGUGGGAAUUCAUUUUUCAGUUCAAAAGUUUUGUCUGAUUUAUAACUGCAUAUUUUCAAGCAAAGACAGUUCUUGAAAGUGCUGCCUAAUUUAUAUUGGUUUUGUCAUAUUUCAAAUCAUGCUUUUUCAUGAGCUUGCUAAUGAAAAGUGCCUGGAAAAACCCCAAUUUUCCCUCUUCCCUCCAAGUAGGAAGACAUAACAAAGUCUUUAAGCUCUAAUCCUAUAAUCAUAUUGCAUUUCUCUUGGUUUAUUUUCUUGGCUUGAGUUUUCUCUUCAUCGUUUACACCAAGUGUAAAUCACGUUGUGUUUGCUUAGUGGACAGAUGAAGCUUUCUUGUUUCCCAGUUGCACACUGCUUGCUGAGCCUCUCUUCUGAUCCUGUCAGUGCGUGUAACGUAAGUGGAUGUAAAGGUCUCAUUUACCACCUCUAAAAUGCCCAUCUUGAACACUAAUUUUGCAGUUUCAUAUUUGAAGUGGUUUAGAGGUAGACAUCCAACUGAUCUGAUUUUGGAUGGUCUGGCUGUAACAUGUACGAACAGAAUGAGCUAACGCUAAAUUUAGCAUAAUUGGGCGCUCAGGAUUGCAACAGGUCAUAGUGUAGUUGCUGGAGCUGCUCUGUGUGGUUUAAUCUUUUUUUUUCCAUUUAUGUAUAAUCCUGGCAAAAUCUGAGUUCACAUGAACAUUGAUGGGUGAAAGAUAUAUGUAUUGAGACUGUCUUACACAACCUGUAAAACAUACCAAAUGUUUUGUAGACAGUUGACUAGUUCUCAGUCAUGAAUGAAUGUGUUGUUCUCCACUCCAUUUUCCUUGGUGGAAGGGGGUCCAGUUUCAGUAGUGGAAUACUAAGGAAGAGUUUUUGUCUCAUAUUAAGCCAAGCUCUUUCUUUUUUCAAAUCUAAUUCACGUGUGUGUUUAUAUAAAAACCUACAGUCAUCUUUUUAUCAGUGUAGGACAAUGUGUUACUACUUUAUACAUAAAUUAAAAUGAAGCGUCAUGCCAGAUAUGGCACACAAAAUAUUAAGGUCAAUGAAGUAGUUACAAUGAACCUAAAUCACACUGCUGCAAAUUGAUAUAGUAUGGUUUUUGAACUGUAAACUGUUUCAUAGCUGCAUGCUCCACGUAGAGAGAUAACGGGAUGCCGUAUUAAUGCUUUGUCUAGAUUCAUUGCUGCGGAUGAGUACUGCUGAUAGGAGUACAGAGGAAUUGAAGUUCCUCUGAGCUCUCUGCCAAGAAUAUAAUGCUGCAUCUAAGUUCUGUACCAAUUCUAUUUCAAGUUGCCAUGGAAGUGCCUUUAAAUGCAUUUAAGAAUGUUAAUAGCUAUUAUUGCACAUAUAGCUACUAAACAUAAACGUAUUAUUAAACAUAUAGCUACUAAAUAUCUGCUGCAUAUAAAAUACAUAAACCCUUUUGUGUUGUCUAUUCUGAAUGUAAAUUCUGAGUUUCUGCAGUAGAGAAUUCAUUAUCUCUCAUUGGAAGAGUGCCUCCAUGUUGUUCAAGCUUCGGGAAUUAAAUAGCAUAUCAAUGACACCCACUUCUCAACGUGCCCUUCUCUGUGUAAAGAAAAGUGUUUCAGACCUGACAGCGACAAGAACCAUUUUCCUGUUGUAACUUGUCUUAGAGGUAUGCAGCUAACAAACAGCCCGUUGGAAGAUCCGGAAACUCCCCAGUUAGGCUGAAGCAAUGUUCUGAGUCAAGGAAUGCAGCAGACUGUGAGUCAAGGGGAGGGGUGAGGAGUUAUUUUGUAGUUUUGCCAUUUUUGUUUGUUUUUACAUGUAAAAAAUGCCUUAUUAGCUUGAGGGUGACAAAGCAAAAUAUUGUCAAAGUUUUGUAAAGGGAAUGUGCUCGUAGGUCACUUGCACCACCUUGUGAUAAAAAUGAUGUACAGCAGUCUUCAUAAUCAGAUGCUUUUUGCCACUUAAUUGUCAUAAUAUAUGCAUAUGUACAGUAGAGAAAUAACCUGUAAGCAGAAUUUUUUUACUUUCCUAUGUAUUUCAGUUCUGAUGAAGUUAACUGAUUUGAAAUUCUUAUGCAUUAAAAAUAUAAUUUCAGUA